AUGCACUUCUCUUCUCUUCAAUUAGCUUUGAUCGCCGCGGCGCCCCUUGCCAGCGCUUGGCCAACUGCCAUCUUGGACGCUGCUGGUCAUGAUCUCGAGCUCCUGAAGCGCGCUGAAGAAGCCGCGAGACUGGUGAAGCUGCAAGGCCGUCAAGGUGGUGCAGGUGCUGCAACAGCCAUCUUUGAGCCAGUGCCUAAAUUCGACGCAAAGGCCCAGUACAUCAACAUCUCCAAGGGUAGCGGCCACGAGUACGUUGCUCCAGGAGCGGAUGACCUCCGAGGACCUUGCCCUGGUCUUAACGCUUUCGCCAACCACAACUACCUACCCCACAAUGGAUACGCCACUGUGGCACAAUACAUCGAAGCCACGCAAAAGGUGGUAGGCAUGGGCCCCGUCCUGUCGACCUUCCUCUCAGUUCUUGGUGGCGCCCUCGACGGUGACCUUCUUAGCUGGUCCAUGGGUGGCACGCCAUCCAUCGCGCAAGCAGGCGUAACAGGUACCCUGGGCAACGGGUUGAGCGGUUCCCACAACAAGUACGAAGCCGAUGCUUCGCCAACAAGGCCCGACCUUUACCAGGCUGGCAACAACUACAAGACUGUCGCUAGCCAGUUCCAAGAGUUGAUUGAUUACUCGCCCGGUGGUGUUGUCACUCUGGACAGCUUGACUGAGUUCCGAAGCCACCGCUUCGAUGUGCAGAAGCAGACUAACCCCUACUUCUUCAACGGACCAUUCUCCGGUGUGUUGGUGCAACCUGCUGCGUACACCUUCAUCUUCCGCUUCAUGGCCAACCACACUGCUCAAGACCCCACUGGUAUCCUCCCAUACGACGUCCUCAAGUCGUGGUUCGGUAUUGAGGGAAACAGCGGUAACUACAGGGCUGUCCAGGGCGGAGAGAAGAUCCCAGAGAACUGGUACCGUCGUGCUCUUGAGUACCCUUACGAGACCACUUACUUCCUUGCGGAUGCUGUCAACGCUGCUCUUCUCCACCCCAAGUUCCUCGACAUUGGCGGAAACACUGGUACUCCCAACUCUUUCGUCGGUGUUGAUGUUGCCGACUUGACUGGCGGUGUCUUCAACGGCGCUUCGCUCCUCGAGGGCAACAACCUUGGCUGCUUCGUCUACCAGGCAUCAGCCCAAGGCAAGGCCGACAUUCUUCUCGGACCCCUCAACGCCCUCACCAGUGCCAUCGGAAGCCUGAUCGGACCUCUUGGCUGCCCAGAGUUGAUGACGCUCGACAAGAAUUUGCUCAAGCAGUUCCCCGGCUACACCAAGUCGCCCGUCUACGGUUAG